CAAAGGUGAGGGUGAAGGGGAAGAGACACCCGAGGAUUUUUUUUUUCCUCCUUUAUUUGAGCAGGACACCAGAGGGGCGCGUCGGACAUUUGACUUCCAAGGCAGCCUAAGGGAUCCGUAGAGCUUUUUUCUCCCCCACCUUCUUCAUCUCUUAUCAGGAUCAGUGCUUAACCACAGUGUAAAGACCCAGCAGACACCACCUUCUCAUCCAAAAGGGAAUAUUGGAAGUGGAUCUGAGGGGCGACGCACAAUGGCAACCGGUGCGCUCCUGCUCGUCUGUGCGCUGCUUGCCGGUGUUGCUGUGGCUCAGAGAGUGGUAACGGUGCAGAGUGGACCGCUGGUACGCACCGAGGGAUCCCACGUGACCAUCUGGUGUAAUGUGACGGGCUACAAAGAGGGGGUGGAACAGGACUUCGAGUGGUCCAUGUACCUGGCAUCAGCACCGGACAGGGAGAUCCGCAUCGUGAGCACUGCUCAGCCAAACUAUGCCUACGCCGUGUAUGCCCAGAGGGUGAAUAGUAAAGAGAUCUAUGUGGAGAGGCUGAGCCGUGACUCAGCGAUGCUCCACAUCACCAAAGUGCAGGCCAAGGACCAGGGUCUGUUUGAGUGUUACACACCCAACACGGAUGGUCGAUACCUGGGAUCUUACAGCGCACGCACCAACCUCACCAUCAUUGCCGACUCAUUGACAGUAAUGGCUCCAGCACAAACACUGUCCAAGGUGGAGGGCGACACGCUGCAGCUUACAUGUGAGGUAUCUCGGACCACAAUGCAGCACACUCAUUUGUCAGUGGGGUGGUAUCUGCGGUCCCCAGAGGACGCCACGGCCCCACCUCAGGAGCUGGUCACCUUGUCAAGGGACUUUGUGCUGCGCUCCGGUGGACCAUACAGGCAGAGGAUGGCCGCAGGGGACCUUAGACUGGACAAAACCAGUGCCACAGCAUAUAGGCUGACUAUUCAUAAACUGCAGCCGGUGGACCAGGGCCUGCUGUACUGCCAAGCCACUGAGUGGAUUCAGGACCCAGAUGGCAACUGGUUCGCCAUGACCCGCAAGCAGAGUGAUAAAACUCAACUACGAAUUCAGCCCACUGAUCGGGACUUCAGCAUACAGGUGAGCACAGAGCGACGGUCCUUCACGGCCGGUGAGCCGCUGGAGCUUCGCUGCACCAUUGAGGCUCAGAAUGUGCCUGAGCGAUUCUUCUCGGUGUCGUGGGUCUUCAGCAGCUCACCGGUGGCCGUGGUGGGCCCCAGUGCCGUGCCUGUUCUAGGCCCCGAUUACAUUGCCCGUGAGGCUGCAGGCCACAUGACUGUGCGUAAAGAGAGCGCCAACGUUCACCUGCUUAAGCUGCAGCACCUACGCCCUGAAGAUGCGGGGAAGUACAUCUGCCGUGUCACAGAGCGGGAGAAGACACCCACCGGAGACUUCAUUGACCGCAGCAAGAGGUCCCGCAAUGUUCAAAUCACAGUCCAGCCGCUCAAGAGCAACAUCACAGUGUUAUUGUCCAGUAACUCCUCAGAGGUCUUAGAGGGUGAUGUGAUCCAGCUGACCUGCUCAGUCCACUCCACUACAGGCCCCCUGUCGGUUGUCUGGCAGUGGAUAGACAAGGAGGCAACUGGGAGUCCUCAGGAGGUGGCUUCUGUAGAUCGGGACGGCACUGUAUGGCACAGCCCCACCUACAGAGAGCGUUCCAGCUAUGGCGACGUUCGUGUGGAGAAGACUCGCGGUGACACAUUUACCCUGUCCCUGUACAACUCCCUGCCUGGCGAUGAGGGACAGUACUUCUGUAUAGCAACUGAGUGGCUUCAGAAAGGUACCGAACUUGAGCCACAUUGGGAGAAGAUCGGAGAGAAAUCAGCUACAAAGACAAUCACCGUCAAGACUGUUGAGUCCUCCUUUAUGGUCUCGGCAUCAUCCAGGACACCAUCCAUAACAUUUGGAGACUCUUUUGACCUCCUGUGCUUGGUAAAACCCCGCCACAAUCCUCGUGUGCCCACCUCUGUCACUUGGCGCUUCAAGCCUUCUGGUUCAGAAGCCGACGACGAAGGUCAGGGAGAGUUCAAAGACCUGGUGACUUUCACACGAGAGGGCACGCUGCAGUGGGGAGAGCAAUUACUUGGACUGGGCACACGCACCACAGUGGACCGAUCCCAUUCCAACACAAACUUCCGUCUGUCGGUGACACGGGCGGGGCGUCGCGAGGCGGGAAAGUACCAAUGCACGGCUGUCCUGUGGAGGAAGAACUACGACAACAGUUGGAGCAGAGUAGCCAACCGCACUUCCAACCUGCUUGGCAUCAGUGUCUUGCAGCCAGAGAGUAAACUACGAGUGCAAAAGACCAACCAGUCUCAGGUGUACCUGGAGGACAGCCGUGUCAGGAUCAAUUGCUCCAUCACCUCCCAGACCAAUAAGGACUCCCAGCAUGCUGUGCUUUGGUACGUGAGGCGCGCAUCGGGGUCAGAGGCCGACGAGCUGUUGCUGAGAAUCGAGCGCUCCGGGGCCUUCGAGUACGGCGCCUAUGCCGACGAGGAAAGGCUACGACGCCGGGUGCAGGCGGAGAGGCUUUCCCCCCGCCUCUACGUGCUGACCCUGAACAGAGCAGAAAGCAGUGACUCGGGGACGUACUACUGUCUAGUGGAGGAGUGGCUGAGCGACCCAGAUGGGGACUGGUAUCGACUCUCCAGGGAAUCCUCGGGCUUCACACAGGUUUUGGUCAGACAGCCAGAAGUUCGACUGCAGGUGGAGGAGCUGGAGUCGAACAUUUCAGUACCAGAGUCCGGUUCGAUCCGACUGGGCUGCAGCAUCCCUUCGCAGUCGUCCCGAGACUCCCGCUUCUCUGUUUCCUGGUACGUCGAACACUCUGACGACGAGGAUAGCGAUGAUCAGCUGGGUGAAGAGGACAGAGAACGGGAAUGUGUGUUCUCCAUUGGCCAUGAUGCCGUUUUUGGAAAUGGCAACUGCAGCCCCAGGGAGGAGGCAGGACCAAAUUCCCGCUUGCAGUUUGAGAGAAUGACUUCUGACCAGUACAGUCUGACGAUCCAAGGGGCUCGGCCCACAGACGCAGGCCGGUACUACUGCCAUGUGGAGGAGUGGCUGCUCAACCCCCGCAACGCAUGGUACCGCCUGGCCACCAACAACUCUGGGUUCACGAUCGUCAAUGUACUGCAGCAAGCAUCAACUGUACAGUCCGUCGUUUGCUCCAACGACUCCCUGUUCUACUUCGUCUUCUUUUACCCCUUCCCCAUCUUCGGCAUCCUCCUCAUCGCAGUGCUGUUGGUGCGCUACAAGAGUCGCAACAACAGCAAAAGUCAGGAAGGGAAGAACGGCGCCCCCCUCCUGUGGAUUAAAGAACCUCACCUCAGUUACUCUCCCACCUGUCUGGACCCGCCCGCCCUCAGCCUUCACCCCGGCUCUGUUGACUAAGCGUGGCUCUCGGCCUUGCCUCGUGCACAUUGUGGAUCCCAGCCAACACAAUGCCAGGGAGCACAUCUGGACUCCACCUUCAGACCUUACUGUCGUUCACUGCUGUGUUGAAUUAGUCAAUCAGUUGAUCAGUUUAACAAUCCGAACCCUGGUGGCUACCUAUUUUGUGUUAAUAGUGUGUGUGUGUGUGUGUGUGUGUGUGUGUGUCUCUGAGAGUGUGAGUGACUGCAUCUGUGUGUCUGUGCGUGGGUGGAGUUGAACGGGUGUGCGAUGUUAGCACGAGUAACAGACUGAGAGAGAAUCGAAGGUCAAGAGAGAAUCAUUAUCCUCUCAUUUUUGUUUUCUGUGAAAGUUAAUGUCAUAGCUGCAUUUUGAUUUUUAUGACUGAAUAUUUGUCUAUUUUUCCAACAAAACAAAACUGUGCACAUGAGAUCAUUGGCCAAAUGCGGGAAGAACAUUUAAGAGAAGAAACUCUAUACAACUCCGGCACUGAAUGGAUGCCAAUAAAGUCUCUGCACUGAUCCAAGAGCAGCCACAGCCUGGCCCACUAUGUUGGUUGCCAUAGUGAUGCUCUGUGCCCACUGACUCCAUAGCUGAUGACUUGGUUGCCAGCCUGCAUAGAGACAAAGGCAAGGACACACAAGUCUGUGUCCUGAGUGAGGAUGUGUGUAUGUGUGCUGGCCCACCUGCCUCCACAAUAAAUUUGCCUUGGCAGACAGAAACAGGUCCUGGUGCGCCACUUAAACACUGCCAGACACUCUGGCCUUAGUGAGAGACUGCUCCGCUCUUCUCUUCUAUCCUCCUCUCCAAAAACAGGACAGCGGGAGAAAGAGGGAGGUCUGCAGUGUUGGAGAAUAAAUGAACAGCUCUCUCCUGCUGAGGAUAUACAUACUUUGACAUGAGGGGAUUUUUUCAGUGCCAAGACCUCCUUAUUUCCAUGCCGUCCUCAGUAACUAAUGUUUUGAAAAGAAGAAAAGAAAAAAGUUGAAUGGUCCGAAGGCAGAUUGUAAAUAUGUCUGCUCACCUCCUGCUGUGGCUUUAUGGGCCUUGUGGGCGAAAGGGCGAUUUUUACACUCAUUUUAAAUCGAUAGAAUUGUCCUGCUUAAAUCACACAGUGGGAAUUAUUGACUGAAAUUAACUCCUUGCACAUUUCAUUAAGUUGCCCAGUGUGACCACCAUGUCCUGUCUUUAAAAGAUUUCAGAACCGCAGAAGAUGCAUAUUACUUUCAAAAGAAAAAUGAUGAGUUUAGAGCCACACUAAAGAUUAUUUAUGUGUAGAUGUCUAGUGAACCACUCUAAAAAUGUUUUCUGCACAUUAUAACAACAAAUUGACGGAGGGAGGGAAAUGUUUAAUUUUUGUGUUCAUUUUAAAGAUUUUUCUAUUUAUUGUUUUUUACUACUUUGCAUAGCUUUGUAACGUUUUCUUUUUUGCUUUGAAAUUCUCAAAGAACUGUGCUGCUUGUGUUGCCAGGCAACUGCACCAAGCAGAUUGUGUCAAUAGCCUGUGUGUUGGCAAUGUGGUAGAUGUAGAAAUGCUAGAUUUGUCCUGCGCACUGCAGUCUGUAGCAUUUCAUACCAGAUUGUCAAGUUCAGUCAGUGUAAAAACACUGUAUAUCUAUAACUAUAAUGAAAAUUACUGUGGCUUUGUGUGUAUAAUAGUUGAACAGACAAGUCACAAAAAUGGAUUCACUUAAUGCAUUUGCUUGAGUUGCGUUUAUUUAGUGAAAUGUGAUGUAACACCUAGGUAGGAUGUUUGAUCAAAGACGGCUGAAACUGAACUGUUUAAAACGUCUUCUAAUCAUGGAUUCUAGCUGAGGGCAUCCUCAUCUUUCCUGACGCAAGGCAGAAGGGUUGAAAAUCUGUGUCACCUCUCCUGGAAUGCAACAGCCAGGAGAGGUGUGAAAUCCUCCCGCCGAUCUGGGCUUAACCCUUUCACUGCCAGACUGAACAUGAAAACUCUUGAAACUUGACAUUGUUGUCUCAAUUGUGUCAACAUGUAUAUUGCAUGACAAUAUUGCAGGAGGAAUUUUGAUGUUUUGUAAACUUUGAACUCUUUGAGCAUUGUGUUUGUGUGACAGAGCAGUGCCCAAACACCCCAACUUCCUGAGCCAAGAGUUAACACAAAGCCCAGUCCGUCAUCAUUUACAAUAUUCGACUGCCAAUCCAGAUGCCCCUUGAACCUGUGAAGUAGUUUCAUGAGUGGGUGUUGUAAAGAUUGUGUUUGAUAUUAUUGUUCAUAUUUGUCUUUUUAAUCCUUUGCUUUUAUGCAGCACUACAUUAAACAAAUUUAUGUCAAAAAAUCAGAAGUACAUAGCUGAUACUGACACAACUCACAGAGUUCUGAGAUUUCAAUUUCCUUCACUGUUUUUCAAGCCAACUUGUUCAUUUCAAGUAGACUACACUUAUCGCUAAAGCAGAGAAGAGAAGUUAGGACUGUGAUGCAUGUGCAGCAAAUUUAACUCCAACUAAAUCAGUGUGUUCAAAGCUAAGAUCGGUGUUAAAUGUAUAUUCAGAGGUUUUUACCAUUUUUCCAAGGUAUUUAUGUAGGUAAGAUAAGUUCAGGGGAGAAUUUGUAGAAUGUGCGCACUUAAAAUCAACCAGAUACUGGUGCCUAUUAAAAAAACAAAUGGCAGUAGUCCAUUAUGAACAACUCUACCUAAAUUCAGAGUAUAACAUGAUGCCAAAAAUACUCGUGCCAAGGGUAGCCUUAUGGGACAGUGUGAUACUCAUUAUGUCAUGUUCAGUAAUAAAAAAAAUGCACCGUUUUCGUGGCUGUUUGACAUCCAAAACCCCAAAUAGUAUACAUUACAUUUGUAUCAUGUAAUUUAGUCAUUUUAUGUGGAGCUUUCAUUUUCUGCAAGCAUAAUUUGGAAUGGUUAACAUAGACCAUUUUAGAUAUUUUGCCUCAUUAAAUACAUGAUAGUACAAAGUCUGACAUGUCUGAUAAACAGCCAUUCUCUACUCAUUGCUAUAUGUUGCAAUGGUAGCGCCAUUGACAGAUAUAACUCAUAACUACAAGUGGAUUUUUCUUUUGUACUUCCAGACCUUUUUAUCAUCAUAAAAAAGGAGCUGUGUGAAAGGUCUGACAAGAUAUGACAGUAAUGGCAGCAUAUCAUUUUGACUGGAUUGCCUUUUAUAAAUCUUGAACAUUCCCAGAAAUGCAGGUAAAUGGUGCCACUUAACUGCUGCUUAAGUAGCAGUGUAAAACUCUUGUAUCUCUUGUAAAUCUAGACUUAAUUCACUCAAAAUUGAAUCUUUUUUUUUUAUAUUCUAGACUAGAGCCAGGAAGUGGAAGUCGUGGUGAUGUGUAAUAUCACAGUACCACACCAGAGCUGUGCAGUCAAACUCUGGUGAUUUUGUAAUAUUAAUAAUAAUGAUAAUAAUAAAACCAUGCAUACCCACCUCCUAAAAUUCCUCCAGGUAUUAUGACAGUGUUUUAGCUGCGUUUCGAGGGCUGCAUGUGCUGGGUGUGUGCUGGCUCCAGAUUUAGGUGUAAAAUAGUUUGUGGUGAUGUUUUCAGUUCAGCUGGUGAUGCUUUAUUUUCAGUGAUGUAUUUUUCUAUGACCAUGCUUUGUUUUUCUUUUGUUUUUUCUUUCAAAUAGUUGCCAUCGUGACCAUUAAAAAGGCACUUUGCUAUUGUCAGUUUAUUGCAAUAAAAUACAUCCAGUGUAAAUCCCUCCUUCCCUUUCAAGCAUUUUAGUAUUUAAAGAUAAAUCACUAAAAACAACACUUCCAGCACCCAUCUUGACUAUCUAGUCCUGUUCUAACCAUGUAUUCAAGGUUAAUGCCCAGCAGGCAGCAGGGUCUUGUAUAGUCAGCGUGGGAUUUCGACCUCUGAGCUCCCAAACAACAUGAGGGUUUAUUUACUCUGCAUGUUCACUCGGCUCUGUGAGUGAGUGUGUGUGUGUGUGUGUGUGCUUACGAGUGCAGGGGAGAGUAGAAGGAGCAGGUCAGCAUGUCAGGGGAUAAGUGAUGCUUAGAGGGCCUCCCACAAGUUAAAUGGGCACUUUUUUGACAGCCUCAGCAAAUCACAUUUUACCAUCCAUAACUCAUCUAAUGUAGGACUCGCUCAUUCUCUCUCUCUCUUUCUCUCUCACACACAUAUGCAUAACACCUAAGCAGUAAACUAUAGUGUUCUGCCAGUCCAUGCCAUUCAUAACCGUCUCCCUGACUCGUUCUGUUAUGAAUUCAUCCUGACUCAUACCGAUGCACACACUCCCGAUGAAGACGAGAACAAAUGCUGCCACCCAUUCCAUAAAUAAAGGUGGCACAAAGGAAUAACGACAUUCACUCUGAGGGAAUGAAUUGUUUGCAUUUUGCUUGUGGAGCUACCUGAAUGUUCUCCGGCCUAUGUGAUUCACGCAGGUGUCUCUGCGACAGCUUUUGUCGACUCUUGCCAAAAAAAAAAAAGUCUGUCUCGACUAAAGGAGCCCCAUCACUGAGAGAUCUGAUGCAGAUGAUAGCAUGCAUACUGAUAUUGCUGAUGUUAUUGUCAGUCAGCUUUGUCACAACUUCACAGGAAGCAAAAAUACUGAAUCCUACCCCUUUGAGCACUCUCUCUCUGCCCCAUUUUUAUUUUAUUUAUUUGGUUUUUUUGCAGUUUUUUCCCUCUCUUUCUCCAUUUUUCUUAUGCGUACGCCAUGUAAAGAAAGAUCUGUUUUGCAUAAAAGUAAGCAACGUUCACAAAUCCAUAGUCCUCGCUGUGGGUGCAGACACCAGAGGGCAGACAGUACUUAACGAUCCACAGCAACAGGGCAGAAUUCAGACAAAUAGAUUAUGAUUUAUUACCAGUCUGAGAGGACAGGACAUGUCUUAUCCUGAUCUUGCUUUGGUGAACUUACGAGCAUAAUCACAGAGAUGAAAAAAUGAACUGGGAUGGGUUCAGAUCGACAGCACAGACAUGUUAAAAUCAGCAGGGAAUAUUUGCUCAUGUCGACAAAAACAAGUUGUCUUGCUGAGAAACAAUGCUGGGUAUCUGCAGUGUAAAAGCAGAACAGACAGGAUGUUCUGCUCUUGAAGGUGAAGACACAAGUGAGGCAUGAACUACAAAAUUAGCAGCUUUUAAGUGAGAGUACAACUGGUCUGUUGAGGCUUGUGCACAGCUCGCUGCACUCACCUCUGUGAAAUACCACAUUGCUUUUUAGGGUAUGAUUUGCUAGUGAUGUAAGCGUGAGUCAAUAAGAACAGCGAGAAAUCCUUUUUGUACACAGGCUAUAACAGUUUUCCUCGAUAUGGUUUAAGUUGAGUGGAUACAAGUGAGUAAUGGAAGUAGGAGAGCAGAUGUACGACCUAUACCGCUGAAAAUGGUACUGCAAUCUGCUUUUGAUGUGUCAGCAGCAAAGCAAUCUGUUGGGCAGUGUAAAUUCUGUUGGACAAAAUAAUCUAUAGUAGCUGAGAAUCUGUUAGCUGUGCUGUUUAUUAGAAAAAAAAAAACAAACGUCUGGGGAUUGUUAAUAAAUACAUUCAA